UUGGGCAAAUACUAUCCAGCACUGUUAGGAGCGCCAGUGCGGAGUUAUGUGGCUGUGGGCGCGCACUGCGGGGAGGUGCUGGGAGCGGAGCUGCUGCUGCCACUAACUCACCGGUGACUGACGGGCACACGGCGGACAUGGCAGCCAGCGGCAGGGUGCUGAAGCUGGGGCGCCGUUAUAAAUACUUGGCCGCUGCCGCGCUGGCUCUGCUGCUGGUCCAGGGCCUGGUGGUGUGGAGCUUCAGCGGGCUGGAAGAGGACGGAGAGAUUGUAAGAAACGCCCCAGAGAAGAGGAAUAGGAGCCCAGAUAAGGCAGAACACUCCAAGGACCCCGACAGCUCGGCAGGGCGCAGAUCUUGGAGAUCGAGAGUGAAGGGAGGGCGAGCAGGCAAUGAGGUAGCCCGAGUGGCGAAAGAGGCUAAUACGAAGUCCAAGCUGAGCACCCGUAUCCAUGUGCCGCAAGAAACCUGGGCCAAUCUGACCAGAGAUGGGGACACGGGAAGUGUGGAAGGACCUCACCCCACUGACCGCUUCACCCCAAAAUGUGACAUCAAAGGGAAGGAUGCCUUGUCCGCCCUGGCAAGAGCACCCACCCAAAAGUGCCAGCGGGAGAUUGCCAAUUUGGUGUGUUUACACCAGAAGGGACUGCUCAUGCCAAAGAGCUUGCCAGGCUACUGCCAGAUAAGAGGUAAAAUGACAUCCGCUCUGCAAUGGGAAGAGUCCGAUAUUGGCGCCCCAGCUCCAGAGAAGCCCCUCAGCGUGGUGUACAUGCUGGUUGUACAUGGGAGAGCCAUACGGCAGCUGAAGCGGCUUAUUAAAGCUAUUUACCACAAAGACCACUUUUACUACAUCCAUGUGGACCAGCGUUCCAAUUACUUACAUAGCGAGGUGGUUCAGAUGGCACAGCGCUACACAAAUAUUCGUGUUACUCCGUGGCGCAUGAUCACAAUCUGGGGUGGCGCCAGCCUGCUGACUAUGUAUUUGCGUAGCAUGCAGGAUCUCCUUGAGAUGUCUGACUGGUCAUGGGACUUCUUUAUCAACCUGAGCGCCACGGACUACCCGACCAGGACCAAUCGGGAACUGGUUUACUUCUUGACAAAAUACAAGGAUAAGAACUUUCUGAAAUCUCAUGGUCGUGAUAAUGCCAGGUUCAUUAAGAAGCAAGGUUUGGAUCGUCUUUUCCAUGAAUGUGACUCCCACAUGUGGCGCCUCGGUGAGAGGCAUAUUCCGGAGGGUAUCAUGUUAGACGGCGGCUCGGAUUGGUUUGCUCUGACUCGCAAGUUUGUGAAAUAUGUGAUCAAUACCGAGGAUGUCCUCGUGUCAGAGCUGAGACGCUUCUACAAGUACACCCUGCUCCCCGCUGAGUCAUUCUUUCAUACCGUCCUGGAAAAUAGUCAAGACUGCAACACCUUUGUGGACAAUAACCUGCGGGUGACAAACUGGAACCGGAAACUGGGCUGCAGGUGCCAGUAUAAGCACAUUGUGGACUGGUGCGGGUGCUCCCCCAAUGACUUCAAACCGCAAGAUAUUGUGCGCUUACAGCAAGUUUCCAGACCGACAUUCUUUGCCAGAAAGUUUGAGUCCUCCGUGAAUCAAGAGGUUUUGGAUAUUUUGGACGCUCAUUUGUUUGGGGAGCCAGAAUCGGGCACCCCGGGACUGAAAUCCUAUUGGGAGAACGUCUAUCAUGAUGUGGAAGGACUGGGAGGUCUCACCGAUGUCACCUUGACGGCGUACACGUCUUUUACACGUUUGUCACUGCAUAAACUACAGAGCCCCGAGAAAGAGAACAGAAAGUCUGCCUGCAGCUUCUCUGCUGAUGGCUUCCCCUCAAGUGUCGAACUCUACUUUUAUGAUGACCACUUCCAAGGUUAUUUGGUGACCCAGAAGGUCCAUCCAAGUGAGACUCUGGAGUUCUGGAUGAUGCCACGAGGCACCCUAAGAAUAGUUCACCUGGUUGAAGCUGCUAGUCGUAUCCAAAGUCUGGAGGUGGGCACCGAAUGGGAUCCCAAGGAGCGGAUUUUCCGUAACUUUGGUGGUCUUAUUGGACCUAUGGAUGAGCCGGUUGCUGUGCAGAAGUGGACCCAUGGAGUCAACGUAACGGUUACGGUGGUCUGGAUCGAUCCUACCUACGUAAUAGCCGCUUCCUAUGACAUUGUAGUGGACUCUGAGGCCGAUUUCACACAAUACAAGCCCCCCUUAUCCCGCCCCCUUCGCCCCGGAGUGUGGCAUGUACGUCUGUUGAGUUUUUGGGAGCUGCUGGCAGAAGUCAAAUUUCUAGUGAUACCACUCACUUUUAGGAACAAGGAGCCAUUUCAGAAAGGUGACCGGAGCCUACAUGCAGGCCCACCUCAGGGACAGUACAUGGAGCACAAUUUCCAGGCUUUAAGGGGAGUCCUCGGUCUCCCUUCACGUGCCGAGAUCAAACAGGAGGCUGACAAAAAAGCUGAGCUUGUGGGCAAAGAUCUGGAAAAAUGGACGGAUAAUAGUUUAAGUGAUUUCUGGUCUACCGGGGGAAUUUGCACCAAGACUGCCUCAGCGUUUUGCCCAUCGCUUCCAAUUUGCUCUGGUACGCAUUGGAGUUCUCUGUCACCCGACCCCAAAUCUGAUAUGGGUCCUAUCGGGCCUGACGGUCGCCUAAGGUAGCAGAUGCUAAUGGCAAAAAAAACUCGUGGGUAGUGGGUAAUGCUACCUGUAAGUUAGACGGUGUCAUUCUGUAGGUGGCACAGCUCGGUGGACUUGGCCUGUGCUUUAGGGAUCUGAUGAUCAACACUACAAGAGCGUGGCGCCCUAUCGAGUGAGGGUCUAACGAACACGACUUAGUACCACUUAAGUUCUCAUUUAACUUACAUAGUCCGCAAGGUGUGCCAAGCGGGGCCAGCAUUUCCCAUGAGUGCCAAAUGUGUUCUGGCCAUGGACUUAUCUGCUGCUACAAGACCUGAUUUGACCAAAUACCACAUGGGUAGACACUACCGUUCCUGCAGGGGCUGGUUCCUCUGGUGGAGGACUAUUUCUCAACUGUGGAGGGGGAAAACGAAUUAUGACACUAGGAUGGAGAACGUGACCUUGAAAGGGACUGCUCUGAGGUUUUUGCUACCACUGAAAUCGCCCUUCAUCCGUCCCUUAUGACACUGUUGGCAGACAUAGUGAUAGCUGCCAGAAUGAGCGGCAAAUAAAAUAAAAAAUUAAGUUUACCAAAGGUUGCCUGUGCCAGUGCAGCUUCCUGUGUAACGCGUGACACAAUGAAGCACUUUAUUAAUGUGAUUUUUACGGAGUGAAAUCUUAAUAAAUAUGUCAUUACCACUA